AUGAGGCUGCGCGUGCACAAGCGCAAAGUGGUGGCGCUGCUGCUGGGCCUGGGGGCGGCCGCGUGCGCCCUGGCGCUUUGGGGAGGCGGCGGCGGCGGCGAGAGCGCGGCGGCGGCGGCGGAGGAGGCCGGGGAUGCAGCAGGAGCGGCGGCGGCGGCGACGAGCAUGGUGCUGAGCGCCCGGCCUUCCAGCGGCGGCGGCGGCAACGCGUCGGGGAGCGCGGCGUGGUGGGCGAACGAGACGGCGGCGCUGCGCUCGCUGGUGUUCCGCGCCAACUUCGACCAGGCGGCGCGCCAGGGGGAGCUGUGGACGGCGGGGCCGCCGCUGGGGCCGGGCGAGGCGGCGCUGGCGCUGGUGGUGCAGGUGCACGAGCGUCCCGAGCACCUGCGCCUGCUGCUGGCCUCGCUGCGGAGGGCGCCGGGCGCCGGCAAGGUGCUGCUGGUGCUCAGCCACGACGUGUGGUCGGCCGAGCUGAACGCGCUGGCGGCCGCCGUGGACUUCUGCGCCGUGCUGCAGGUCUUCUUCCCCUUCAGCCGCCAGCUCUACCCGGCCGAGUUCCCGGGCAGCGACCCCCGCGACUGCCCGCGGGAUCUGGGCCGGGCGGCGGCGCUGCGCCGGGGCUGCCUCAACGCCCGCUACCCGGACGCCUUCGGCCACUACCGCGAGGCCGCCUUCGCGCAGACCAAGCACCACUGGUGGUGGAAGCUCCACUUCGUCUGGGAGCGGGUGCGGAUCCUGCGCCAACGCCCGCCCGCCCUGGUGCUCUUCCUGGAGGAGGACCACUACUUAGCGCCCGACUUCUACGCCGCCCUGCAGGCCCUCUGGGCCCUCCGCCAGAGGGAGUGCCCCGAUUGCCAGGUCCUCUCGCUGGGCUCCUACGCCGCCGUGCGCGGGGGGUUCGGGGCCCGCGCGGAUAAGGCCGAGCUCAAGACCUGGAAAUCGACCGAGCACAACAUGGGCAUGGCCUUCGCGCGCGAAACCUACGAGCAGCUGCUGGCCUGCGCCGACGCCUUCUGCACCUACGACGACUACAACUGGGACUGGACCCUCCAGCACCUCACCGCCCACUGCCUGCCCCGCUUCUGGAAGGUCCUCGUGCCCGAGAUCCCGCGCGUCUUCCACACCGGCGACUGCGGCAUGCACCACCGCCAACAGGCUUGCCGCCCCGCCGCCCAGGCCGCCAAGGUCGACGCCCUCCUCGACGCCAACCGCCAGCACCUCUUCCCCGCCGCCAUGAGCCUCAGCAAGCGCCACGCCCUCGCCCCCAUCAGCCCCCACGUCAAGAACGGCGGCUGGGGCGACAUCCGCGACCACGAGCUCUGCAAGAGCUACCGGCGCCUCCAGUAGGGGAGGGAGGCGCUCCCGGGACCGCCCUGUUGGGGAUUCCCGGGGAGGAGGUGAAAACCUGGGAGAUUCUUGCAGAGGACGUGAGACCCGGGAGAUUCUUGGGGAGGACGUGAGACUGGGAGAUUCUUGGGGAGGACGUGAGACCCGGCAGAUUCUUGCAGAGGACGUGAGACCAGGGGAUUCUUGGGGAGGACGUGAGACCCAGACCAAGGAGGAAGAGGGGACAGGUGCUGGACUCUCCAGCGAAAGAACGGGGGUUUCAACUAAGCCUUUAAAAAAAACACAUACACAAAAGUGCUUCUGAUACUUUCAAACGCCCCCCUUUAAAAAAAAAAGAUUCAUUUAAAAAAAAAAGUGAGGCUUUUGACAAAGGAAAGAUGUGGCAGAUGUCCAAAGAUGACUGAGCCCCCCCCCCAAAAAGAAACCUUCAGUUUUCAAAGGACAGUCUUCGAUUGGCCUAAUUUUGCUUCCGUUGAUCCGACUUUUAACAGAUCGGAACCCUCCAAAUCAUUCAGUAUUGUACAGGCUUGCUUGGGAUUUGGUACCUUAAUAUCUGCCAGAAAAGGCAUUCUAUUUUAUUUGCUAUGUGCUUAUAUGGGGGGGGAAAAAGGAAAAUCCAUUUGUUUUCACUUUAAUGUAGAAAUAUGCAAUUUUGUUUUCAUUUCUGCCAAAAUAAAUCCAUGGGUUUUUUGUUUUUUUUUGUAAUACAGUCUUUUAAUGGGCUUGGGGAGAAAAAGCUAUCUUAUUUUAAUUACAAAUUAAAAGAAGAGGUUUAAGAGAAA